AUCUCUUCUAGUAAUUUUUAUCUAAACAAUAGGAAAGCGAGAGUCCCCUCACUUUCCUCUUCUUCCCUCGUUCUCCUUCAAUCCAAAGAAAGGGUUACUGAUAAAGUGGAAAUCAAGUGGGUGCCAAAUUUCAGCUGUCCUAGUACGUCGUGUAAUUUUAACUAAAAUGAUGAUCAAUGUUGUUAGUCGCAAGAGGAUAUAGCGAGAGAGGCACUGCGGAAGCGCAUUUUCUUGAUCGGAGAAGGAGGUCAUGCUCCUGCCAUUGCCCAUCAUACCUCAGGAUGAAUGCUUGCAGUUAAAGUCAUAUUUCGAAGACAAGACUAAAGCACUAGAAAAGAUGACUGUUAAAGCUAAAAUUGUGGACACUGAAAAUAAGAUGCUAAUGGAUCUUUGGAUGUUGAAAAAGAUGAAGGAUGAGGAAUGGCCUUAUGAGGUAGGCUAUAUUAUUACUAUAGUUGCCUGUGAUACAGUUACUUCGAACAAGGCAUUCUGUGGUUGGCUGUUAUUAUUACUAUAGUUGCCUGUGAUAUUACGGUUGCCUUGGUUCUGUUCUUGAUCUUGUUAUCACACAUUAUAAUAGAUCUGUCAUAGGCAGCUGCAAGCAUGCAGCUCAAACAAUUUUUUUGUAUGGGGUGUUGUGAAUUCAUCAUACUUUCACUUCAAAGGUCACACAAGGUUUGUGCUGUAGAUGUGAGCAAAAUUUCAAGCCAUCAUGUUGCAAGUGCAGCUUAUGAUCGUGCUAUAAAAGUGUGAGAUUUGCAUAAGGAUUAUAAAUUUUUUACAGUGACUCCAAUGCUCUAUCUAUGCUGGAUUUGCAGAUGGGUUAUUACAUUAACAUAAUUAAUUUUCACUGCAACUGCAAUGCUCUAUAUAUGCUGGAUUUGCAGAAGAGUUAUUGCAUUAACACGAUUAAUUUUCAUAGCAACUGCAAUGCUGAGUAGAGAAGCUGUUCCAUCUUUCUUUAUCUUGAAAUGUUAGUGUUAUAUUGACUAGUGGAACAGACAAUUUGCACAUUUUAUUUGAUGUGUGAUCUUUGGAAAUUUGUGGCACAUUGAGAGCAACAGGAAAUAGUGGCAUAAAAUUGGAGCAGAUUGUGUAUCAGUCCAGAUGAUAUACUUGAUCAGUAUCUAUAGCUAAUAUAGUAAACACCAUAAAGGAGCAUGCUGCUCCUUUCUUGUAGUGUUCAUGGAGUGGACUUGGAAAACAACUGGCCUCUACUGACAAGAAAGGGAUUGCUUGUAUCUGAACUCAAUCAGCCAUCUGUAAAUGUGUAAAUAUGGUAGAUUGGCAUUCAAGUUUGGUUUCUUCUUCCGUUCAUUGCUCAUAUUCUGGCCCAUUAUUUAGUCAACUAGCCAUGAAGCAUGAAACAUUGUUAGCAUUCGCUCUAGAGAAGUUUUGUACACAAGGGACAUGACCAAUUGAUUUCUUUAAAAUAGGGAUAGCCUGUGUGGGGGAGUUGACUAACAUCUCAAAAGAGAAGUUGAGGUAGAAUGAUAAGUUGCCACUCUAUAAUUCAAGCCCUUCUCUAUAAUUUUCUACUUGAUGAAAGGAAGAUUUUUCUCUGCUUCUUGAUUAGUAGAAUAGCCAUUGGAUAAUUCGUUGUUUGUUGUUAUUGUUGUUUGUCUAUGUGACUUAAAUCUUUGAUUCCUCAUAGUGGCAGCUGGUUGUAUUUGUAU